GGAAGCCUGAGGGUGGGGAGAGAGGUUCUGGAGCUUUUCCCGGUGCUGAGAGCUGGGAAGUUGAUCUCUUGCCUGUGGAGCUGUAGCUGCUGCAGCCCCGCCUCCCUCCAGCCGCCAGCACCACACCAGGAUCUCCAUCCGUCACUGUGAAAACUCAUUAGCGCCUCAGCCAUGAGCCCGCCACCGCUGCAGCUUGGCGCUGUGCUGAGCACCUUGGCCAUGAUCUCUAACUGGAUGUCCCAAACGCUCCCCUCCCUGGUGGAGCUGAACACCACGAGGCUGUGGACGCCAGACACCCUAACUCAAAUCAGCCCCAAGGAAGGAUGGCAGGUGUACAGCUCAGCACAGGACCCUGAUGGGCGGUGCAUCUGCACGGUGGUGGCUCCGGAGCAGAACCUGUGUUCCCGGGAUGCCAAGAGCAGGCAGCUUCGUCAGCUGCUAGAGAAGGUUCAGAAUAUGUCCCAGUCUAUUGAGGUCUUAAACUUGAGGACGCAGAGAGAUUUCCAAUAUGUUCUAAAAAUGGAAACCCAAAUGAAAGGGCUGAAGGCCAAGUUUCGGCAGAUUGAAGAUGAUCGGAAGACACUAAUGACCAAGCAUUUUCAGGAGCUCAAAGAGAAGAUGGACGAGCUCCUGCCCCUGAUCCCUGUCCUGGAACAGUACAAGACGGACGCCCGGCUCAUCACCCAGUUCAAGGAGGAGAUCCGGAACCUGUCCGCGGUGCUCACUGGGAUCCAGGAAGAGAUUGGUGCCUACGAUUAUGAGGAGCUGCACCAGAGGGUGCUCAGCCUGGAGACCAGACUCCGCGACUGCAUGAAAAAGCUCACAUGCGGCAAACUGAUGAAGAUCACGGGCCCAGUUACAGUCAAGACAUCGGGAACCCGGUUUGGUGCCUGGAUGACCGACCCUCUCGCAUCCGAAAAAAACAACAGAGUCUGGUACAUGGACAGUUACACUAACAACAAAAUCGUCCGUGAGUACAAGUCGAUCGCAGACUUUGUCAGUGGGGCUGAGUCGAGGACAUACAACCUCCCCUUCAAGUGGGCCGGCACCAACCACGUGGUCUAUAAUGGCUCCCUCUACUUUAACAAGUACCAGAGCAACAUCGUCAUCAAGUACAGCUUUGACCUGGGCCGCGUGCUGGCCCAGCGCAGCCUGGAGUACGCGGGCUUCCAGAACGUCUACCCCUACACCUGGGGGGGGUUCUCAGAUAUCGAUCUUAUGGCCGACGAGAUCGGCCUGUGGGCCGUGUAUGCCACCAACCAGAACGCGGGCAACAUCGUCAUCAGCCAGCUGAACCAGGACACGCUGGAGGUAGUGAAGAGCUGGAACACCGGCUACCCCAAGAGGAGCGCCGGGGAGUCCUUCAUGAUCUGCGGGACGCUCUAUGUCACCAACUCCCACCUAACCGGAGCCAAGGUAUACUACUCCUACUCCACCAAGACCUCCACCUACGAGUACACAGACAUCCCCUUCCACAACCAGUACUUCCACAUAUCUAUGCUCGACUACAACGCCAGGGAUAGAGCUCUUUAUGCCUGGAACAACGGUCACCAGGUCCUGUUCAAUGUCACCCUCUUCCACAUCAUCAAGACCGAAGAUGACACAUAAGCAGAUGUCAUUUCUUUUCACUGAUCUAAAUGGCGUCAUUGGUGAUCAACUUGAUAGGACCCCUUUUGUUUUGUUUUUUCUUUAUUAGAAUGUUCCACCAUUUCUCCAAAGCAUUCUGUUAUAAUGUUGGUGUUUCAAAAAAAAAACCACACACAAAAAAAAAGCAGCGGAGCCUGUCUAAAUAUUAAACCUGUGGGAGACACAUCUGAAAUCCUAAAUUUACAAGGCCUAUCGUGUCCCUGUCGUGAAAAGCACUAAAAAGAGCUUGAGUGGCAAAGUCAUACUUCUGCAAAAGAUUGAUGGUCUGCCUUGUACCAGAUAGAGUCAGAGACAAAUGGUCACUUACAUGCACGAAUGUCGGGGUUUUUUUAAACUCUGCCACUUUUGACUGUAGCUCCACAUCAGGAAACAUUCUGGUAGGAAUCAGGAAAAAAAAAAGAAAGAAAAAAAGAAAAAGCACUUUCUCGCCAUUCAUUUCUAAUGAAGAGGCGAGGGUUUUAUUUCCACGGAGAAGGACCAGAGUCAUUCGCUGCUCCUCAGUCCUCCGACCCGGUGCUGUGCAGCCAUUUUUAAAUCUCUUGCUAGCGUUUUACUGGCGAUGUGUCUUUCUACCAUUGUAACCACCAUUGUGCAAUUCUAUCUCUUCACUUCUGUGAGAGUAAGUGAUAUUUUUUUAUAAAACACACUGAAGUUCAGUCUCAGUAAUCAUCAUGGGCCCCUUGUCAAGUGUGGUCAAGAAGGAAGUAUCUCCUCGGCUUACCCCUUUACAUCGUAUGUAAAUUAAAAAGAAAAUCAGACCAGGCCCCUUCCACCAAGUCUUUAUUUCACCCCGUUUCCUGGACCACUGACACGGAAUGCUCCACAGACUCAGUAGGGAUGAGCUGCUCUGUUCACACUACUGAAAGCAACCCUUAGUCACAAAACUUGGAUCUGAGUGGACUCUGCUCGUUUGAUACGACCAAACAAAUUUUGUUCUUUGUAAUUAAAUAUAUCAGUGAUUUAACUUAUACUUCACACACAACUUGCAAUAAUGUAACCCCCGUGUCAGCCCUCGAAAAGUACAUGAAGCACAUAUAAAAAACUCUUUAAAAAAUGUCUGUAAUAUCAUCUAGAUUUACAUUGUAAACUCGGGAGAAUUAUUGGCAAGACUUGUAUAAAAAGGAAUGCUGGGAAGA